GCCUACAAUCCGCCAUUUUGCAUAGCUUCGUUUGCGUUGCUGUAAAGUGCGUCGCAUAUUGUGUUAAAAUUGUAGUUAUUGCUUAUCGCAAGCGUGUUUUAAAAUAUUAAUCUGUGAUAACUAGCUCUUAAGUUUUAUAAUAUACGUAAUUCUUGUUAAUUUCUUUAGUUUUUAAGUGUCAGUGACUCGUGAAAAUGGGCAGGAAGAAGAAGAAGGCAUCUAAACCGUGGUGCUGGUAUUGCAACCGGGAGUUCGACGAUGAGAAGAUUUUGAUUCAACACCAGAAAGCGAAGCAUUUCAAAUGUCACAUUUGUCAUAAGAAAUUAUAUACGGGUCCGGGCUUGUCUAUACACUGCAUGCAGGUCCACAAGGAAGCCAUAGACAAAGUACCAAAUUCGUUACCAAAUAGGUCAAAUAUAGAAAUAGAAAUUUAUGGUAUGGAAGGUAUUCCACCUGAAGAUAUAAGGGAGCAUGAGAAGCAAAAAUCAGGUGGAGGUAAAGGGUCUGACAGUGAAGAUGACGAGCCUGCUGCUAAGAAAAAAGCUACUCCCGCUUUAUUAGGUGCGGGACCUUCAGCAGUGACCCCAGGGAUCCUACCGACCCCAAUGGGACCCGGCAUGCCAGGAAUGUAUCCUGGACAGAUGCAGAUGCCAAUGAAUCCAAUGAUGCCUCCCUUCAUGCAAGCACAGAGACCCAUGACUAUAUUUGAACAUGACACCCAGAAGUUUUUGAGAAUGAUGAUGCCCGGUAUGCGGCCGCUGUUCCCCGCCGCGAGCGUGGCGGCCUCCACGCCUAGCAAGCCCACUUUCCCUGCUUACAGCAACGCUACGAUAAGCGCCCCGCCAACAACGUCAGCGUCCCUGGAAUCGAAAGAGAACGGCGACGUGAAGCCGCCCGCCGCCAACGCCUGCCCGCUCGUCACCGCCACCGGCGCCGCGUCCCGCAUCGUGCACCCGCCCGAGGACGUGUCGCUCGAGGAGAUCCGCGCGCGCCGCCACCACUACCGGCCCCGGCCCAAGGACCACCCGCACCAGCACCAGCCCGCGCAGGCCAUGCUCACUCCCAGCACUAGCCAGGCCGAGGUAAGCAUGGUGCAAGCGCACAUGAACGCGGCGGUGGCGGCGGCGGCGCGGCAGCAGGCGGCGGCGCAGGCGCAGGCGCAGGUGCAGCAGGCGCAGGUGCAGCAGGCGCAGGCGCAGGCGCAGCAGGCGCAGGCGCUGCGGCGGCCCAUGAUGCCGCCCGUGCACAUGCUGCCGCAGCCCGUGCGCGUCGGCGUGCCCGUCUCCAUGUCGCCCGUCAUGGGCGUGCUGCCGCUGCCGCAGUUCAACCUCGUGCGCCCGCUGCAGCCCGGGAUGCUGUUGCCCGGCAUGGGAGGCAUGGGCGGGAUGGCCGGCAUGAGCGGCAUGGGCGGUAUGGGCGGCAUGAUGCCCAUGGGCGCCAUGUUCCCGGGCGGCGUGCCCGGCAUGAUGAUGCAGCACCGCUUCCGAUAGCCGGGACCUGCCGACGCUAGUGUGUAUUCUCGUCUGGUUAGGGCGGGCGUGUUGCGGUUGGGUCACUCUGUUGUGAUACGUAGUCUGUGAGCUUUACAGUCGUGUGAAUCGAGAUUAGAUUUUUUACUUUUUUUGUGUUUAUUCAGAGCUGACGAUAUCGAUGAUAAAAUAAUCGAUUUUUAAAACACGAGCGUGGCAAAAAAGAAUAGAAAUUAAAAAGUGUAAUCGUAGUGUCGUCCCUUUCAAAUCAACAUGACUGUGUGAGAAAACGGGAUGACAAUACGAUGUUGUUUCUUUUUUUUUACCGGGAAUUUGAACUAUCAGAAUUUUUAUUCUAUGUAUCUCAAGUCUGAAUAAAAACGCUUCAUAAAGUUUUGAUGUAUUCAAAACAACAAAAGUUGUACAGUGACUGUUUAGCUUCAAUCGCGAUUCAAUAUUCACAUCUAAAGGAAUUUGACUUCUAAACACCCAAACCACAAUACGCUCUAUACAGUUUCCCGUUACCUAUACUUUAAAUGUUAAGGCAAUCCGUGGCUGAGCUAUUAUAAGGAUUGUUACAGAGUGGAGGAUAGUUUUAAAUUUUACUAUACAAUACUAUUAUAGCUGAUACUUCACAAUUUUUAUUUAAUUGCAAAAUUUCACCUAAUUUAAUCAAACCGUCCUAAAUCACGUCAAUAUUAAAUCUUUAUCAACCUCCACUCUGCAACAGUCAUUGAUGAACUAUGGAAGUAAAAAGUAAAAUUAAAUUACCCUUUUCUGAAUAACUUAAAAUUUUAGCAUGAUUCAUAGUUCUAAAGGGCCUAUAGCGUCCGUUAACUUGGCAAUACAUAACGCUUCAAAAUCUUAACAUUCCAUAGCCGACGAGCCACGCGAGUAGGGUCUUAUGAUUACAAUAAUGUGUUAAUAUAAAGAGUUGCUUACUGUUGACAGAGGCUGCGGCCCGAGCCGACAGCAGGCGCAGGUAGGCGCUGGUAGUACUUAUUAUUACGUCCGCUUGACGAUUGUGUGUCCAAUGCUCUUGCUAAUUCGGUGACGGGAUACUUACAAGGUAAGACGCACGCAUAUGCGAGCACGCAACGGACACGUGACACAUAGAUUUUAACUAUUAUUUAUUCUUAGGUGUGAUUUCAAGUAUGUAGUGCGAAAUGAUUUUCCUUUUCGUAUUUUUAUGGAGACGUACGAACGUGUCAUGCUAUUUCAGUCAGUUUCAGUAUAAGUGCUUUGAACUAGCAUGACAAAUGUGAAAGUUUCGGAUAUAAUACGAUAGAAAAAUAUUAUGCACUACAUCCAUAUAAUGUAUGAUGGACUAUUGACUGCAUUGACUAAGCUAAUCAUGGCAAUUUUCGGCGUUGCUUGAAGGGUUCCUUGUGCUCUGUGUGCAAAGGGCCAUUUUAUUAGAUUUUUUUAAUACGAAUUUCGGAUGAAUUACACUUACGGGUUUAAAUGCUGGUCAAUUUAAACACUACCCACCUAAAUGAACACAAUCAUUCUGAUUUUAAUCCUCACUUAUCAAUUUCUGAGACUUUUCGAUGAAGUAAAGCGUUAAAAUGACGAUUAGUGCAAUAAUUUUGUAUUAAAUUCGACAUGAAAUUCCGUUGCGUGCCUCGCGCCAAACGUUAGCGCUAGCGUUUUCGCGGAGCCGAUACACACUGCAACUAAAGUUACGCGGGCGAAGUGCUUGAAAUGAUCUUUUAGCUG